CCAUACCACACUGAUCCAUAUAUAUACGUACAGAAACUCGUCACUAGCUCAUGGUCAAUACUUGGCUAUGUAGGUAGUCUCAAAGGCAACAGGAAACAGUAUCGACAGAACACUCGACAUGACGACAAAGGAACAACUUCAACCCGCGGCGACCGAAGUGCCCGAGCCUCAUGUGUCUGAACGGGAUGCCGACGUGACCUUCGGGUUAUUGAAACAGUACGGUGGAGGCGAGGUCACUCAGGGCCUUGACCGAGCCGGAGAACGGCGAUUGAAUCGGAAGCUCUAUUUCAUCCUCGUGCCAUUGCUGGUACUCAUCAACCUCCUGCUCUUCGUCAGUUGUUCUAGCUCAUUGUCCUCCCCAAUUUUCCAAAACUCAUGGCAGCAUUGUUACUUACUAUCAAGGGGCUUUUAGAUUGACAAGGCCACGUUGGCCUACUCCUCCAUCCUCGGCCUCUUCGGAGAGACCGGGAUCGAUGGCGGGAAAUACAACAACCUCAACACUCUCUUUUAUGCUGGGUAUAUCAUCGGUCAAGUUCCGGGUCACUAUCUCAUGCAACGCAUCCCGUUGUCGCGCUUCAUGGCCGGCGCGACCUUUUUGUGGACGCUGAUCGUGUUUCUACACUGCACCGCCAGUUCUUACGGCGACCUCAUCGCUCUGCGCUUCUUUCUGGGAAUGGUCGAAGCUCCGGUUGUCCCCGCCAUCGAGAUCACCCUGGGGAUGUUCUUCGUGCCUGCCACUCAAGGUCUCUUGCAACCUCUGUUUUGGAUUUCGUGCAUGGGUGCACCUGUGCCCGCUGGAUUUAUUGCCUAUGGUUUGCUUUACAUCCAUUCGACAAUUCUACCUUGGAAGUUCUUCAUGAUCAUCACAGGCUCAAUGACCUUUCUCCUUACAAUCCUCGUCGCGUUCCUCUAUCCCAACAACCCGGCUGAAGCACACUUCCUCACUGUUCCGGAACGGAUACACCUUGUCCAUCGGAUUCAUGCCGCAACAACCUCCAGCAUCGAACAUAAGCAGCUGAAAAGGUACCAAUUGCUCGAAGCUGUCCGUGACCCGGUCUCGUGGCUCUUCGGACUCCAAGCAUUCACCCUCAUGAUCUCCAACAAUAUCGCAUACCAGCAGAAUCUCUUGUUUGUGUCCUUGGGCGUGUCGAACCUCGGGUCUACCCUUGUCUCCGCUGCGUCCGGCGGCUUCAGCGUGGCAUGCUGUAUCGCGGCGACUUUGUUCUUGCGCUACAUCCCCUUGAAUAAAGCCUUUUGGUCUACUUUCUGGUGUCUACCCGCCAUCGCCGGCGGCAUCGGGAUGUGUGCCCUACAGUGGGACAGCAAACUCAGUCUCCUCGCGUGCCUGAUCCUGGCAGGGAGCACCUUCGGCAUCACGUAUAUCAUCGCACUGGGCUGGACGACGAGCACUUCGGCCGGAUACACGAAGAAGCUGGCGCGUAACGUCUUCUUCAUGGCGGGCUAUGGAAUUGCCAACUUGAUCUCCCCGCAGAUCUGGGCGUCGCGAGACGCUCCUCGCUACUAUCCCGCCUGGGUCGUGCAGAUCGUCAUAAGCUGGACGGGGACACCUUUAAUAUUGAUCAUCAUCCAUUUCAUCUUGAAGAGGAGGAAUGCGGAGCGGUAUGAGUGGAUCGCAGAGCAGGAAAGACUGGGCAAGACAAGGACCGGGGUCAUCGAUCGUGUCACCGAGGAUGGGGCGAAGGUCCAAGUCGAGGUUGACGUGAGUCUAUUGGACUUGACCGAUGGGGAAAACAAGUACUUUAUCUAUCCUUUGUAAGAGGAGAGAGAGAAACACAGGGGGCAGUAGUACACAAUUGCAGUAUGCAUAACUCUACGGGAAAAAUCCACGAAUGAUUGAUCAGGUAAAGACUGUCGUUUUUCGGUAGUGCUUUGGACUUCCCCC